GGUUCACAAAUAGUAACACUUUCACCUUAAAUAUUCAGCGCUGUAACUUUAGUUUUCAGAAAUAAUAAACUUUUAUAGGCCUUGGAUUGGUUAAUUUAGUGUCUCUUCUAGUUUUUGAAAUAAUACUCAAAGCUUUAGAAUGUCCGGAAUACUUAGCUGCAACCUGACUGUGUUCAUGAUUUUAUGCUGUUCUAUUUCAUUAUGUGUAUGUACCCUGUGUUUGAAUAAACCUGACGGGGUGUACGAAACCAACUGUCGAGCUUACUCGUUGUGUAUCGACGGCAAAGAAGAAAUUGUCAAUUGUGAGAUUGGACAGGCCUUUAAUACGAAGUCUAAACAGUGUGAAAGCAAAUGGAACGUUCCUCCACCCUGUGGUACCUAUAGGGAAUGUACGGAUAAAGACGACGGCUUUUAUCCCGACUUAGAGGUGAAAUGCAGUUCCUACUAUGUGUGCAGUAAUGGUAUGUUCGUUGGUCACUCACUAUGCCAAGGAGGGUUAGUGUACAACGUUAACCAACAUGUGUGUGACUACACGUACUCCGCCCCACCACCCUGUGGAACUAAUAAGACCGCUUUAUUUGGCUAAUAUGUACUAGAUAACGGCUUGAAAGGAAACAUAAUAUAAAUACUUUAAAGAGAUUUAGCUUUCAUGCUAUGCUUGUCUAUGCUAAUGUGUAACUAACCUUUAUAUGUACAUGUAGUUAUAAUCGUCCGACUGAAAACUUAAUCAGGGUUUGCUAUAAGUUAAUUAACUUAUACGACUAAAAAAACUUUUUUUGAUUCAAAUUAUAUUAACAUUGCAAUGUUUGAUUCUUAACACCAGUGAAGCUUAUUGAAAUGUAAUGUACGAAUACCUGGCCUUCCAUCAUAUAGAAUUUUGACCAUUCUAAUACAUGUAAUAUUCAUUUUGCAUAGGCUUGAAUCAUCAAUGUAUCACGUGACUUCACAGAAGUUGACAGCAAUAUGGUAUUUAAUUAAGAUCUUGUUCAUUUGUCAUUUGUACUGUGUAUAUUCUAUAUUACAGUCGAAUUUAGUAGAAAUUGAAAUAAAUUGUUACAGAAACA